GAUAACAAUCAGAUGACGGCAGAUCAAGACAAGGUAGGAUUAUGCGUUUGUAGCAUUGCCAAAGAGCGGCCAGUGAGCUGUCGUUUUGCUUUCGAAAUAAUGUCGUCACGUGUUUCUGGGUCGCUAAUACAUGUUGCUUAUUUGCACACGGCUUGUUGCUUAAAUUUGUAUUAGCAAUAUAAAGAACAGCUUAAGAGGAUGCAUAUUUUAGUACAGUUAAAAUAUUAUUAAAAUAAACAGUUAAAAUAGCCACUUCUUUAUUCUUUCUGCCUUUUGUUUUGAAUUCUGAACGCUCAGUUGUUGCGCCUGCAGGUGGCGCUGUAGUGAUUUCAGCUGUUUCACCUUUCGUUUCGCCUCUGCUGCUUUUCUGCCUGCUUGCACACCGACAACUCACGUGCUUCCCGACUGUUACGAGCGCUUCUUGCCUCCAACGCCGGACUUGGCUUUAUCCGCAACCUGAAAGUAUGAUCGACAGUGUGAAAUACUUCCAAAGUGCCCCUUGUGUUUCCCUCUGGUGCACGAACGUGUGUACAACCAGACGUGGCCGUUUUAGCGCUUCCCAGUCGACGGAGGGCAAGCCUGCUGUUCGUGUUCAUGGUGACCACCGCACUGCUGUCGAUGCUGUUUUCCAACACCGCCACCACUGCCAUCGUAGCUCCCGUGGUUGCGGCGCUGAUCGAGCAAAUGAAAUGCCAGACAAGAAUCAAGAGACACAUGAGUACUGCCACCGGAUCACCAUGCGUUAGUCCUUCGCGCAGUGUCGCCGAAGUCUACAGGAAAGCUGAAGCAAGGUUGCAGGCUAGUAUCAUUGGGCUUGGGGACGAGUCCUUGACAGAACUGCGCCGAGAGAUCAUGGUGUCCGUGGCCUACGCGUCCAGCAUCGGUGGCACGGGUACCCUGGCGGGUACGCCGGGAAACAUCAUAAUGAAGCAGCUGUACGAAAAUCGGUUCCCCAGUGCUCCUAGCCUAACACCAGGGACAUGGAUGUUGGCCAACGUGCCAACGAUGGUCGCCUGCUUGCUUGGAGCUUGGUUAUGCUCCUAUCGGCGACUGAAACAUAUAAUGUGCGACAAGGCAGAUUAUUUAAAGACGACCCAGGAAAAGACUCAGCGCGAGGUGGAACCCCGCAACGUGGAACUGGGCAGGAUCGGACGUGCCGAGCUCGCCGUAAUGCUGCUGUUCGUGCUGCUGGUCUACCUCUGGUUCUUCGAUUCCCGCGAUUCCAUCUUGGGCUGGACGAAGCUUCUUCCCUUAGACGCCAAACCCAGUGCGAGCACAACAUUGCUGAUGGUGGUGUUGCCCUUGUUCGCUAUCCCUCGCACCCGACAGCGUUCUGCCCUGCACAACCCGCUGCGUCCGUACGACCCUAUAUUGUCGUGGCACGAGAUGAGUUCCAUGUGCCACUGGAACCUCAUGUUCCUUGUCUCCGGGAGCCUGACGUUUUCCAAGGCGUCGCGGGCAUCCGGACUAUCGGAGGUCAUACUGCACUGGCUUGACAACCUCGAGGGCCUCGACCAACCUUUGAUAGUGACUAUUCUGUCUCUGCUGGCGGCAACAGUCACCGAAUUCUUCAGCAAUGCGGCUGUCGCAUCAAUGCUCAUACCUAUUGUUCUGGAAACAGCCGUGAAGUUCAGAAUGCACCCGAUGUCACUGGCGAUGCCCGUGACGCUGUCGUGCUCGUUUUCCUUCAUGCUACCUGCGUCCACACCACCCAACGCGCUCGUCUACGACAUGGCAAGCAUGGGUGUCCGCGACAUGAUCUGGCCCGGGUUUCAGCUGACCGUCAUCUGCAUCUGCAUCACCGUACUGCUGACAAGCACACUCGGCCAUGUCGUGCUCGACGUGGGAGAAUUUCCAGAGUGGGCUGCGGAGAACGUGACCAGCAUUUCGCAGCUGGCAGCUUAGCGCGCUUCGGGACCAGCUGCGCAAACCGCUUUGCGUCCGUGGCAGCUACACUGUCCCGACAAGGAACUGACGGCACGUUAUUUAUAGGAAAGUACAGUCACCAGCCAGGCCUCAUAAAUGUUGUCGAUCUACUUAAACCGAUUGUUUGAAUAUGGGGAGUCAUGAAUCGAAGCUACUGCUGGAAACACAGCUAUCUACUGCACCGCAAUAUUGCGAUAGAAAGCGGUAGACUGGGCUCGUACGAAGGCAGGGUCCGAACGUAAUUCAAUUGUUAACUUUUUCGUCUGUACACAAUGAGAAAAUAAGACAAUCUACUACUCCCAGCAAGAUGGCAACCUUUCGUGGGCAAUGUUGUUUCCGAGGCUUUCCUUGCCUCUAUUCUAUAAAAGCUGCCACGCACUGCAGAUGUAACCACUCGCUUCAUUCUUUUUCUUUGUCGUGACAGCUUUGGACAGUUUCUUAUUCAAAAAGUACUGGGGAGGUAUUCUGCAAGAGUCCACUUCGUAGACUGUCCAUUUCGGCCGCUAUUGAUUGGAUGCAGCUGCACGAACGAGGAGGAGACGAGCGGCCCUAGCCAAACAGCAGUGGCUGAAAUGGA